UGUUGCGAUGCAAGUAGAGAUGCGUCAAACUUGAUAGGCCGGCAAAGCACGAGUUCUUUGGUAUCGAGUCGAUUUGAAAUUCAACGAUAGCACACUUCAAGUGUGACAGUUCCGCGAACAGGUAUUCGGACAACAGUAUUGCAUUAUUCUGCAAGUAGAGAUACGUUAAAUUGGAUAAACCGCGAAAGGAUCCUCUCUUCAGUACGGAUAUCUGGUUAUCAUUCAGAGACAAUAGCGACACCGUCAAGUUUUUGAAGACAUCCUCGCGAAUCUCCUGAAGACUUCAAGAAACCAGAAGAAGUUGUGGAUGUGGACGGUUGCUUACUUCAUGUCCCCAUUACUUUCCCAAAUCGAUAAUGGCAUCUUCGUGUAUGAUGUUGCGACGCAGUAUCGCGACGUCCUGUGUCUGUAACGGAAAACGGAAUUUUCGAAAAUUCUUGCUUUAUGGUAAACGUGGCAGUCGAAGCUUCAAGGAAAAGCAGGCAAAAAAUCCAGAUCCCGAGAUACCGAUAGAUAAAAGGGGAACAAGGGAUACUGGAUACAAGGUUGGCAAUCUGUGGGUUCACGUACCAGAAAUGGUUCCCGAAUUAAUCGUUCCCUCAUUGGAAGGAUUCAAGUUGAAACCAUAUGUAUCAUAUAAAGUAGAAGACAUUAAGGAGCCAGAAUUCACUGCGCAGGAUUUAUUUGAUCUAUUUUAUGCCGAAAAGAUAAAAGAAGAUUUUAAAAAUGGUCAAUUGGAUGAAAAUGGAGAGCCAUUAAAUCCUAACGAGUAUGAAAAACUUACACCGCAACAAGCCAAAGACAAUGCUCAUAAAACAGGUUGUGACUUGUUUGAUGCGGGCAAACCAUUAAUCUUCCGUAUUACAGAAUUGCGUUCGCAUCUUGAUGGACAGGUAAAAUCAAUUUAUUGCUGCUAAUAAUCUCAUAACUCUAUUUUAAUUCUAAUUUUGCGAUCCAAAGGGUUGUAGGUGAGUCCGAAAAAGACAGGCGUAAGAACUCGCAACAAUGCCGAAAUUGAUUUUCAAUUCCUGAGAUUUAUGCAUAUCUUGCGUUAUAUCGAUGUCCUGUUUGUGGAUGAUGGAUUUUUGUUUGCGAUUAGGCUAACUUAACAAUUAUGAUUUGACUUAUCAAAACAGUUUUGAGCGAAGUUUGAUUGUUUCCUGUCGGGUAAAAAAUGGCGAAAAAUUUGAAUAGUAAAGUCGUUGUCAGUUGUGCGCGGCCGGUAUUGCUUGCUACUGACUAGAUUGCUAGAUUCUAAUAAUAUAUGUAUAUAUCAUAUAUAUUGUUUUGUAAGUGCUGUAUUCAUAUCAAACGUACAAACGGUUCUGUAAUCUC